ACCAUGGGGCGACUGGAGCUGCUGGUUGUUAGCCUGACCUGCUGCUUGGCAGCGGCAAGUGCCGCACAGUUGGGUGCUGUGUACACAGAAGGUGGCUUUGUAGAAGGUGUCAACAAGAAGCUCAGUCUCCUGGGUGGUGACUCUGUCGACAUCUUCAAAGGCAUCCCUUUUGCCACCGCCAAUACCCUGGAGAAUCCCCAGCGUCACCCAGGCUGGCAAGGGACUCUGAAGGCCAAAGACUUCAAAAGACGAUGUCUGCAGGCCACCAUCACCCAGGACAGCACCUAUGGACAAGAAGACUGCCUCUACCUGAACAUCUGGGUCCCCCAGGGCAGGAAGCAAGUAUCCCAGAACUUGCCGGUGAUGAUCUGGAUCUAUGGAGGUGCCUUCCUCAUGGGAGCAGGCCAUGGGGCCAACUUCCUCUCGAUCUAUCUUUAUGACGGGGAGGAGAUCGCCACACGCGGCAACGUCAUCGUGGUCACCUUCAACUAUCGUGUUGGCCCCUUGGGCUUCCUUAGCACCGGCGAUGACAACCUGCCAGGUAACUACGGACUUCGCGAUCAGCAUAUGGCUAUCGCCUGGGUGAAGAGGAACAUAGCCGCCUUUGGAGGGGACCCCGAUAACAUCACCAUCUUUGGGGAAUCUGCUGGAGGUGCCAGUGUCUCUCUGCAGACCCUUUCCCCCUACAACAAGGGCCUCAUUCGGCGAGCUAUCAGCCAGAGUGGUGUGGCACUGAGCUCCUGGGCUAUCCAGAAAAACCCACUCGCCUGGGCCCAAAAGAUCGCUAAGAAGGUGGGCUGCCCCACAGAUGAUACAGCCAAGAUGGCCAAGUGUCUGAAGAUUACUGACCCCCGUGCCCUGACAAUGGCUUACAAGUUGCCCUUGCGUGGCCUGGAGUACCCCGUCUUAUGCUAUCUGGGGUUCAUCCCUGUCGUUGACGGAGACUUCAUCCCCGAUGAUCCCAUCAACCUGUAUUCUAAUGCUGCCGACAUUGACUACUUAGCCGGCAUCAACAACAUGGAUGGCCACCUCUUUACAACCAUUGACAUGCCGGCCAUUGACAAGUCUAAGCAAAACAUCACAGAGGAAGACUUCUACAGGCUUGUUAGCGGGCUCACCAUCAGCAAGGGGCUCAGGGGCGCCAAGGCCACCUUCGACAUCUAUACUGAGUCUUGGGCCCAGAAUCCAACCCAGGAGACCAUGAAGAAGACUGUGGUGGACCUGGAGACUGACAUCCUGUUCCUGAUACCCACAGAGAUGGCUCUGGCCCAGCACAGAGCCAAUGCUAAGACUGCGGUGACUUACUCCUACCUGUUCUCCCACCCCUCUCGGAUGCCCAUCUACCCCAAAUGGAUGGGAGCCGACCAUGCCGACGACCUGCAGUAUGUCUUUGGAAAGCCCUUCGCCACCCCCCUGGGCUACCGGGCUCAAGACAGGACUGUGUCCAAGGCUGUGAUCGCCUACUGGACCAACUUUGCCAGGAGUGGAGAUCCCAAUGUGGGCCACUCGCCUGUGCCCACCCACUGGUACCCCUACACCACUGAGGAUGGAAACUACCUAGAGAUCACCAAGACGAUGACCAGCAGUUCCAUGAAAGAGCACCUGAGGACCAAGUACCUGAAUUACUGGAGCCUGACCUAUGAGGUGUUGCCCACAGUAGUCAAUGACCAGGACAGGCCUGUGCCUCCUGAGGAUGACUCCGAGGCUGUCCCUGUGCCCCCGACAGACGACGCCCAGGCUGUGCCCCUGCCCCCCACAGAUGACUCCCAGGCUGCCCCUGUCCCGCCAACUGGUGACUCUGUGGAGGCUCUGAUGCCUGCCGCCAUUGGCUUCUGAUGUCUUGUGAACC